CGCAUUGAAGUUCCGCGGGAAGCUGGAUUCAUUGUUUGGUGCGAGAAACGUGUGGCUGGGUCGCCACAAUUUUCGAGACAUUCCGUUGACGUAUACGUUCGAGAAUAUUGCCUCUCACUCAACGUAGAAUUACUGCACAGACUCGUUUCAUUUUCCCGUGGAAUCAGAAUCUCUUGGUUGCCAAGAAAGUUGGCUCUUUGUUAACGGACGCGUAUGCGAAUAUGGGUUAGUCGUCGCGGUCUUUGUGUGCUUGCGACUCUAGCGGAUGCAAAUUAUUAGUUACCUUUCUUUCGUAAUCUUUUUGUCAAAAAAACCGAAGCAAAAAUGACGUCACAAGAACAAAUCCCGGCUAGUUUGCCCAAUACUCAAAAUGCAGAUGGUUUAACUCAGACACAGACAUCUCAAGAAACUUCGAGCCAACCAACACAAGCAGUCUGGGGAAGACUGUGGUCUAUUAGACCGUGUAUAAGAAGUCUAGAAAUGAUAAAUGAUUCCUAUACUGUGGGACGCUCUGAGAGCUGCGAUUGCAUCUUUACUUCCAACGAGGUGCAGUCAAAAUGGUUGACUGUAAUGAGCAAGGUACAUUUCCGCAUAUACAGGGAGCGCAUUUGUGAUACAGACGAUAUUGUGGUCUAUCUUGAAGAUUUGAGCUCCAAUGGAACCUUUAUAGACAAGGCCAUGGUUGGUCGUGGGAAUCGUGUCAUUAUCGAAUCUAAUUCUGAGAUAGCUCUAUGCAAACCAUACUUCUCAGUUUUUAUGUUCGUAAACUUAAAUGUACCCCCUAAUAACUUGCCACAAGAAUUGAAAGUGAAGUAUGCGCUCGGCCGCAAAUUGGGAUCUGGUGCUUGUGGCGAAGUGAAAAUGAUAUUUACAAAGAAUGGUUCACAAAAAUUUGCCCUGAAAACUAUACAGAAAAACGGUUUUAGUGCAAAUGGAAAUCCGUUUAAUGAUCCAGAAAAAAUUAGAAAUGAAGUUGAGAUAUUAAGAAAGUUGAAACAUUCUUGUAUAAUCCACAUGGAAGAGAUCUGUGACACACCAUCAACAAUGUACAUUGUGCUCGAAUUAAUGGAAGGUGGAGAGCUUUUUGAUAGGAUCAGAAGCAGGGGGAAAUUAUCGGAAUCGUGCGCAAAAUUGAUAUUUUACCAAGUCGUAUUGGCUGUGCAUUAUCUUCACAAACAGGGUAUUACGCACAGGGACUUGAAGCCGGAGAAUAUACUGUUAGCAAAUAAAUCUGACAUUACUUUGACCAAAGUAUCGGAUUUUGGUAUGUCGAAGCUAGUGGACGCCGAGAGCAUGCUGAGAACAUUCUGUGGUACUCCUAUGUACGUUGCCCCUGAAAUUUUGACGACCCUUGGACGUAGCUCUUACACGAAUCAAGUUGACGUGUGGAGCUUGGGAGUGAUAUUGUACGCUUGUUUAAGCGGUUCAGUUCCAUUCAAUAUCCACAGAACGGAUAUUCCAUUGGAGGCGCAAAUAAGACGCGGAUUAUACGGGUUUCCGCAGUCACUGUUCGGACAUGUAUCGCGAAAUGCUACAGAACUGAUCAAAUCCAUGUUGACGGUCAAUCCGAGGAGACGUAUAACGGUACGACAGAUAUUGCUACAUCCUUGGUUGGCAGACUUUCGUAUGCGAGAAAUCGUAAACUCAUUGAUGUCGCACUCCCCGAACGAUUCGGAGAACGAUGAGAAUCUGCCACCUUUGAAUACGUUUGAGAACCGUCAAAGAGCUGACGAAAUAUUUCCGGAAAGUGCGAAACGUGCGCGGCUUAACGCGUGAAUAACGCAGGAUUUGAUAGAAUAUAUAUAUAUGACACAAAUAUUUCGAGCUUGUCUUCCGCGGAAGUAACCAAAACAUACCUGAUAUAUCCUUUCGGCAGGAUCUUGUUCAUUUCGUUGUGAUACGUCGAUAGUUACCUACUUAGUAUGUAAAAUAGUUUCUAUUCAUCGAACGAUCAUUACAACAUUUAACUAUGUUGGAUCAUAUACAAAUACUAAUAAAAUGUUAAGUUUGUGGAAUCGAUUGUAUCAACGCGACAAUCUCAGGGAAGUUUAUAAAGUAGAUAUACGACAUUUAUUCCAUUUAAUUGUGCGAGACUUGCAAUUUGAUACAACUGUGAUUAGCUUUGACCUGAAAACAGUGAGAUAACUAAGAAUAGAAUACAUAUCUGUUAGCCGAUACAAUUAAUUAAAACUUGUUUAGUUUUUGGCAUAUCUCAAUUUGACGUGUCUGUUAAGACUGAUAAUAUAAUUUAUAUUACUAAACAUAAGCGCCCAGAGGAGGGGCAAGGAGGGACAGUUGCCCUCCCUGGAAUUGAAAAAUAGCAAUGUUGAAGUUCUAAAUCAUAAACAAAAAAAAACGAAAAGAAAACAAAUAAUACACAUAAAUUAUAUAGUCUGAUAUAAUAAGUUUCGAAGUACAAAUUUUCCUUGUUUUUUUACAAAAUGUUUUUACUUGAGUUUCCUAUCUUUAGAGGGACCUUAAGGUUUUGCCCCUCCCUUGAAUUCUUUUCCGCGGGCUGUUACUAAAUACUUCGUACAAAGUAAAACUAAGAUGACUAUGUAUUAAUCAGUAUUAAGAGCAGUGCAUUAAGGUAACUUAAUGCACUGCUCUUACCAUUGAAGAUUUAUAUAUAUAUUCUACUUUUUUUGAUUGAUAAGUUUACAAAAAGAAAUAAAAUCUCGGGAGAGAAAGAGAGAUUAUAGUAUACAGUUCCAUGUUAGUACCGGUUAGUAUUGAACGCUUAUCAAAAAUGUAGAUUUAAUUUAGAGUAUAAGCCACGGGAUUAUCAGCUUCCAUGUAGCAACGAAACCAGUUUAUUAUUCAAUCACACAAUAAAAGGGAAGACAAACAUCA